UGCUUGCAGUGACUUUUACCUACUCAUCUAUUAUGGGUGACAUUUGCUUGCUUUGUUGUGUGCAAGAUAGAUAAAGGACACAGAAUGGACUUAAGGAGAUACUAGGUUACAAAUUGAACUGUGAUUUGAAUAUAACAGGGACCUAUUGAGCCGAUAUGCCUCAAGGGCUUAUAUAUGCCAAAUGAUAAUCCCUAACCUGUGAUAUCUUUUCAUGUUUCUUUGUCAAAUCAGCAUUCAUGCUUUUAGGGCCUCUAUUUCACACAGCACUGGGCAAACAGAUCUGUCUUAAUGUUUGUCAGUUGCCUAACCAUUUAUCAGCGAUCGGUAAGUGCACUGGCAGCUGGGACAUUUUCGGCCAUGUGUGUGUGUUUUAAAGCACGUUCAAAAAGAAAAUGCAUGCACUAAAAUGGUUCAAGCAUGCACACACAUUUUAGACCGUUUUGUAUUUCUAAACCCAGUGACCUGGUCGAAUAGGCAUUUUAGGGCAAUUGAACAUUGUACCUUCCCUCUCUUCCUCUUUGGGGUUGUAGCACAGCAGCCCCAGCUGUCCUCACGGGGGCAGGACGUGUUAAGACAAACCCGAACUGAGUGCAGAAGAGAGUAAAAGUAGUACAGCCAGGCGCUGAUAUGUCAUUUGAGCUCCAGGAAAGGAAGGGGCAAACUUGAGACAGGACUGUGAGCUCGGAGAGCUUUUUAAAGAAAUCAGCGGAGAUCCUUGAGAGGGGUGUGCUCGUGGGUGCAUGUGUCAGUGUGUGGGUGCAUACGUGUGUUUGGGUGAAACUGUAAGAACUUUCUGAAAGGCGUUACUUUCACUAAAGUGAUUCAUCUGCUGCCGGUCUGUCAUCAGGUGAGUUGCAUGUCAAGUUAUGCAUGAUAAAGACUGAGCAGCCCAGAGGCUACAGCGCAAAGGAAGAAUGUUGGAAAAUUGCCUAACAUUCGGCCGCUCCCUUGUGAGGAGGAAAAUUGUGAACGAAGACAGUCUGGAGGAGUCCAAGCUGUGUCGUUGCCUCUCCACUGUGGAUCUCAUUGCCCUUGGGGUAGGAAGUACACUGGGAGCUGGGGUCUAUGUGCUCGCUGGUGAGGUGGCCAAAGGCAACUCUGGCCCCAGUAUCGUGGUGUCCUUCCUCAUCGCUGCUCUGGCAUCUGUGAUGGCCGGCCUUUGCUAUGCCGAGUUUGGGGCCCGUGUACCAAAGACGGGCUCGGCCUAUCUGUACAGUUAUGUGACCGUAGGGGAGCUCUGGGCCUUCAUCACAGGAUGGAAUCUCAUUCUGUCAUAUGUAAUAGGGACUUCUAGUGUGGCUCGUGCCUGGAGUGGGACGUUUGAUGAGCUCAUAGGGGGUCACAUUGAGAAGUUCUGCAAAACAUACUUCAAAAUGAGUUUUCCCGGCCUUGCUGAGUACCCUGAUUUCUUUGCAGUCUGCCUGAUCUUACUCUUAUCAGGUCUUCUCUCCUUUGGCGUGAAAGAGUCGGCUUGGGUCAACAAAAUCUUCACAGCUGUAAAUGUGCUCGUGCUAAUAUUUGUCAUUAUCUCUGGAUUCGUCAAAGGAGACUCAGACAAUUGGAAUCUAUCAGAAGAAUCACUCAUAAACUUCACCAUUGUCACAAGGAAUCUUUCAUACACAGCUAAUGUUACCAGUGAUUAUGGUGCGGGGGGGUUUUUACCUUAUGGUUUUGGUGGGACUCUGGCAGGUGCAGCCACAUGCUUUUAUGCCUUUGUAGGAUUUGACUGCAUUGCAACCACAGGUGAAGAGGUGAAAAACCCCCAGAGGGCGAUUCCCAUUGGUAUAGUGGUCUCCCUGCUGGUGUGUUUCCUUGCCUACUUUGGUGUCUCUGCGGCUCUCACCCUCAUGAUGCCCUAUUACCUGUUGGAUGAGAAGAGUCCUCUGCCUGUGGCUUUUCAAUAUGUGGGCUGGGAACCUGCAAAAUAUGUAGUGGCUGGUGGUUCACUUUGCGCUCUAUCAACCAGUCUGCUGGGAUCCAUUUUCCCAAUGCCGCGUGUAAUCUAUGCUAUGGCACAGGAUGGGGUGCUUUUCAAAGUGUUAGCCCAAAUCAGUCCUAAGACGAUGACCCCACUUAUUGCCACAAUGUCUUCCGGUGUAGUUGCAGCAAUCAUGGCCUUCCUGUUUGACUUGAAAGCACUGGUGGAGAUGAUGUCUAUUGGAACUUUGCUGGCAUAUUCUUUAGUAGCUGCCUGUGUUCUCAUCCUCAGAUAUCAGCCGGAUGCUGCGUUUGAGAGGUCCAGAAUCAACGAAGAAAAGGAAGCAAUGGGUGAAUCUGAACUGACUGAAUCUGAGUCUCAUCUCAACAUGUUGAAGGAUAGAGAAAUAACCCUACACUCACUGUUCAAUCCACCACAACUGCCCACAGAACAGACCUCCACAGUGGUCAAUGUGUCUGUUAUUAUUAUGGUGUUUAUUGUGUGUGUUGUAAGCACGCUUAACACAUACUAUGGACAGGCCAUUGCUGCCAUGGAGCCUUGGGCCCUGGGGCUGUUAGCAGCUUCUUUGUUCAUCUUCAUUUUGUGCAUCUUUUUGGUUUACAGACAACCUCAGACGAGGAAGAAAGUUUCUUUUAUGGUUCCUCUGUUGCCCUUUUUGCCCAUCUUGAGUAUAUUUGUCAACGUGUAUCUCAUGGUUCAGCUCAGCGGGGACACAUGGAUCCGCUUCUCCAUCUGGAUGGCAAUAGGUUUCAUCAUCUAUUUUGGUUAUGGGAUGUGGCAUAGUGCUGAACGCCAGAGGCAUCUACAAAGCUGCGGUGUUGUGUCAGAGAAAAAGAAGCUGACAACAAACAAAGGCAUUGAAGACUAUCUGAUUCAAACAGAGAAGACAAGUCCAUGUUAGACUGAAAGAGAGACUUAUAUUAACAGACUGUUACUCACAGCAUUCACCAACCAGCUGACAGACCUCCAGAGCUCUGUGUAUACAGCUCUGCCUUUACACUGCCAUCAUGAACAAUAUUUUAUCACUUUAAACAUCUCUCAGUGCUGAUGAUCUCAUACUGUACAUGCUGUGAUUAUGUCACAUAAUAUAACAACAGGGGUGGAAAAAUGUAUCAUACUAUGAUCUGACAAUACUGAAACAGGGCCACUUCAAAAAUUCAUGGAGACUGCUAUGAAAUUUUAAUUAAUGGCUCUUCUUGGUUCAUCUCAUUUGAGAUGAAAUUUCUUUCAAGGAUUGUUUGAAAAAAAUAUUUACACCCCUUUAAGACAUACCUCUGCAUAUGAGAAAGGGAACACAGUUCAUAAAACAUUUUUAAAUUUGCCAAGAUGCAAAAAUAUUAGGUACCUAAAAAGUCAAAUAAACAUAUGUGACCCUGGAUUACAAAACCAGUCUUAAGUUGCACGGGUAUAUUUGUAGCAAUAGCCAAAAAUACAUAGUAGGAAUCAAAAUGAUAAAUUUUUCUAUUAUGCCAAAAAUCAUUGAUAUUAUUUAAUGGUCCAUUGAAAUAUUUUGUAAACUUCCUACAAUAAAUACAUCAAAACUUUAUUUUUGUGAGUGGAUGUAGUUGCUAAGGACUUCAUUUGGACAACGUUAAAGGUGAUUUAUUAUUACGGUAUUAUUAUUUGCACCCACAAAUUUCAGAUUUUCAAAUCAUCGUAUCUCGUCUAAAUAUUGUCCUAUUCUAACAAACCAUACAUCAAUGGAAAGCCCAUUCAACUUUUAGAUUAUGUAUAAAUCAACCCUUAUAACUGGUGUUAUGUUCCAGGGUCACAAAUAUACUUAGUCCUGGUGUGGGACAAAAGCGUGGUAGUCACAUAAUUCAAUAAAUGUAAAACAUUAAUUAAGUACAGCUUUGAAAAAGCAGUAAGUAUUACUGUGACCACCUAGCUUCACACAUAACUACUGUUAACUAUUCUGUUAUUUCAUUUCAAGUGUUAUUAAGUGUUUACUUCUAAGAUUUAGUAUUAAUUCUAUUGACUACAUCUUAUUUUAGGUGCAAGAGAUGCUAAGCUGCUCAUACAGAAUAACAAUACUUGUUUUUUUCUUAUUCUAAAAAAACUUUUUAUUUUUGCCCUCUACAUAUUAUAUGUUUCUAUAGUUUGUGUCAUGUCCUAAUGUUCGGUAUUCACAGGUCAAUCUGUUGUUGAACAUUACACCAAAAAAAUGUGUAAUGAAUGCUUUACAUGUUCUCCUUAGGCAUGGGCCGGUAUGAGAUUUUGGAGGUAUGAUAACCUUAAGUAAAAAUACCACGUUUCACAGUAUUGCGGUUUUGACAUUACAACACUAAAAUGUGUUUUUUCAGACAACAACUUUUUUAACUGGACACAAUACAUUUUAAAUUUCUUUCAAAAUAUAUUUUUGUAAUAUAUUAUAUAUUAUUAUUUUGGUAAUAUAUAAUAUUUUGUAAUUUUGUAAUAUAUAUUUUGUAAUAUAUGUUAUAAUAUAUAUUAUAAUAUAUAUAUAUAUAUUAUAAUUACAUGACUUAAUGAUUUAAUUAAUUUAAAUACCUUACAAACUUGACUCUUUAAAACCUCGGUAUACCUUGAAACCGGUAACCAGCCCAUGCCUAGUUGUCCUAUUACCCAUUAUUAACUUUAUCUACAUUCGUUAACUUACAAUAGGUUUUAGAGAUUUUUUGUGAUGAAGUAUUCAUCUACAUAAAAUGAUUUUAAACUGUUACUCAAUAGAUUUUUUAGGUAUUGCUUACUAAGAUAUUAAGCAUCACUUGUCUGAUAAUGUAAUAGUGUAAUGAAUGGACUACAUGAACCUCAGAAUCUGACAAUGUUUCCUCAAUAUGGCAGUGAUGAAAAGGUUUGAACUGUCGGUCAGGUUCUCUGUACAAACAUUUAUAUAGUAUGUGUUAAUAUGUCAUUAAGACAAUGUAUAUCGUUUUUAUGCUUUAGAGGCUUUUGUAUAGUGCUUUUACAUGUAAUGGAUGUGUUGAGCUAUUGCUCAUUAUUUCAUUAUUGCAAGGUCGUUUCAUGUAAAGCAAUAAAAUAUUCCUUCCCUUUUUAUAUUUGUUCUUAACAUUUGUAUAAAUAAAUAGACUUUUACACUGGCACAGUA